UAUGCUGAAAGAAAAUCUGCACACGUUUGAGCUAAAUAUUCUGUUUUUAUUUUUUGCCAGUACAUUCAAAAUCCCCAUCAAGCACCCCUCCCCCGUAGACAAUGUCUGAAAGAAACCCUGCUGUUAUGUUUGCCAACACAUAAUUAAGUUUCAAAUUAUUGUUAUAGACUAGAUCUAAUAACUUUUAUUAGAAUAAGAAAUUGUUAACCCAGAACCUAACUAAAAAAAUAUAUUGAUUCGUUUCUAUAAGACAUUCUAAAAUGACUUUAAAACACAUCGUACAACCAGGACCAGAUUAGUAUAAUUUAAAAAAAAAAACGUUGCAAAAUGAAAAAGUCUUAAUAAAUAUUAGAUACUAUUGCGAAGCAGCGAUUUAAAAAAAAUCUUCAAGAUUGUGAUUACGCGUAGAUUUAUUAGGAUUUCGAAUUUUAGAUCUACCGAAUAACAAAAAUAAUUUCAUCUUAAAAUUUGAUUCACAAUUUAAGAUCGCGCAUGUAUUCUUAAUCACGUGAUCGCAAGAUAUACUAUUUUUAAAUACAUAACAAUGUUCUUUCAAAUCACAAGUGUAUACGUUUUGCUGAACUGUUUCAUUAGACACAACGAGGCUGUUUUACCAAUUGUGGUCAAUACAUGGCCUUUUGUAAAUGCAACCACAGCAGCAUGGAAUGCCCUAGCCAAAGGUCUCAGUGCUGAAGAAAGCCUAGUUAUUGGCUGCACAGCAUGUGAAGUUCUGCAAUGUGAUGGUACAGUAGGGUAUGGAGGAAGCCCAGAUGAAUCAGGGGAGACAACUCUUGAUGCUAUGAUAAUGGAUGGGGCUACAUAUGCUGUUGGUGCAGUUGGGGAUUUAAGGCGUGUAAAAAAUGCUAUUGGCGUAGCACAAGCUGUAAUGCAUUAUACGGAACAUACUUUCCUGGCGGGAGAAUCAGCUACAAAAUUUGCCAUUGAGAUGGGGUUUAAAGAAGAAUCUCUGGCAACAAACAAAUCACAAUCAAUGUAUACUUCAUGGAAGCUGAAUAAAUGUCAACCAAAUUUUAGGCAGAAUGUCAUGCCCGAUCCCAAAUCUAGCUGUGGACCAUAUUCUCCUAUACGAUACAGAACAUCACCAAAAGAAAAAUACCAGUACUCUAGAAAGCCACAUAAAGAAAUAGAUACAAAUAACCAUGACACAAUUGGAAUGGUAGUGAUUGACAAACACGGGCAUGUGUGGGCUGGAACAUCAACCAAUGGAGCCAAUCAUAAAAUUCCUGGAAGGAUAGGUGAUUCCCCCAUAAUGGGAUCUGGAGCUUAUGCCAGCAAUCUGGGUGGAGGUGCAGCUGGGACUGGUGAUGGAGACAUUAUGAUGAGAUUUUUACCAAGCUUCCGAGCUGUGAUAGAAAUGGAAAGAGGAUUGUCUCCUGAAGAGGCAGCAAGGGUUGCUAUGGCUCCUAUUAUACAGUUUUACCCAAGCUUUAGUGGGGCUCUUGUUGCUGUUAAUACUUCAGGAAACCAUGGUGCCUUUUGUCAUGGGUUCCAAAACUUUGGUUACAGCAUUGCUUCGCCAGAAUUUAGUACUGUUCAAGUUAUAAAUAUUGAUUGUACACAUUCAUGAUUAGAAUAUUUAUUAUUCAUAAACUAAAAAUUUUAUAUUGUACUUGUAAUUUGCCUUUGA